AUGGAUUAUACUGCUGUUAUAAACACUAAAGAUCAUAGAAUUCCUCACAUACAACCCACAGCAUUCUACAUACCGGAGUUUUUAACCGCGAAUGAGGAGAAUAUUAUAUUGUCCAAUAUUUAUGCAGUUCCAAAACCAAAAUGGACUCAACUUUCUAACAGAAGACUACAAAACUGGGGAGGAAUACCUCACGUCAAGGGAAUGAUUGCGGAAAAUAUCCCACAGUGGUUAGAAAUAUAUCUUGAAAAAAUUCAUCAACUUCAUUUGAUGGAUGGAAAAAAACCAAAUCAUGUAUUAGUAAAUGAGUAUUUACCUGGACAGGGGAUAAUGCCCCAUUUGGAUGGUUCUUUAUUUUAUCCAACCAUUACUACAGUAUCUUUAGGAUCACAUAGCAUUUUAAAAUUUUUAGAACCCAGUAAAGAAGAAGGCAAAAAUGCAAAAUAUAUUCAUAGAGGAGUGGUAAAUCAUGUAAUAGCAAAGCGAAAUUACAGUAGUGCAGCCCCACCACCAAAAAAUGAUCCAAACAAAGAAGAUAAAGCAGAAGUCGAAAACAUAAGUGGGGAUGGGAAUAAGAAAGGGUUGGUGAUCGGAGUGUACGAGGCGGAUGGGAAGUUCGAGCUGACUCCGGCCGCCGCUGAGGUCGACCAGAAGAGCGGCGGGAAGCUCUGCAGACAUCUUAAUGAAGCCAAAAGAUGUCCUUUAAUGGGGGACAUUUUCGACUUCUUAUUUAUAUCUAACGCAAAAGGAGACUUACCACUAAACGCCGUGUGGAAAGAAACCUUUUCAUGGUCCUUCGAGAAAAAAGGACUUCGGUUCGCGAAUAACUUAAUAAUUACUGUUUCGUGGAGUCGAGGACCUACUAAACCAACCAGUGACUAUAGUGAACAGUGA